GUACGAUGAGGGUCUUCAAGGCGAAGGAUGUCCAAUACGUCAUCCCUGAUUUCGUACCGAAGGAAUUGAUGGAGUCCGUGAGUGGUCCCGAGUUUUUGGUACAGAAAAAUGGGUUUUCGGCAGUGGUUGAGAAAAUCCUGGGACAGUUAAAGGAGUUUGAGAAGGGUGUUGCGACGAGGGAGUACGAUGUCGUCAAGAAAUUGCCGGAGGUGUGGGAAAUGGUUCGGGAUUCGGAUCCGUUGCAGACGAGUUCUGUCACGACUGAGACUGUCGCGCGGAUCGUAUUCGGGAAGGGUGAGGGAGAGAAGGUCUCGCCAGAGGAAUCGUUUGCGACGCAUCGAGCGAUGUGGAAUGAUUCUGUUCGAUUUUGGGCUGACACGACAAACCACCGUAUCACUUCCCGCUGGCAAGUCCGUUCCUUGGAGCGUGUCCGGGGUGAUGAGAUCGUUAUCGAUUCUGUGCGUCAUCGGGAUGAGAGGUUUUGGGGAUUCGUCGAGAAAGCGCGGACGUUGAUUGACUUCUCGACGAGGGAGAUUAAGCCGGAACAGAGGAAACGUCUCCCGGACACGAAGGAGAUGAGACCGAUUGGGCAUUAUACCCCCAACCCGAAGGAUGUGGUUACGUUUGACGAUUAUGAUCGACAAAUAAUUAGAUUCAUGCGGGAAGCGAUCGUGUUUUCUCGGCAUGCGAGCCAAUUGCAGGAUUUGGGAUGGUUGCGGACGACGAGUUCCCGCUUGAUGAGGAGUCUGGACAGAUAUCAAAACGAGUUCGAUAUUUUGGAGCCGGAACAUAUCUACAAUUUCUUGGUCGAUAUCGGGGUUUGGGCACCGUGGGAGCAGCCGGGGUUGUACAACGUCACGCUUCAGCUUCCGGGGAUGGGAUUCGCGCAACCCGACCGAGACCAGAAAGUGUUGGAUGAGACACAAUCGUUUAGCGUCGAGGAUAAAAUGAAGAAAUGGAGGAAGGAUUGGGGUGAGCUGGAGGUGUAUGCCAUUGAUGAUGCGGGCGCACAUGAACUCGAUGAUGGGAUUAGUGUCGAGGAUAGAGCGGAUGGGAGGUGGAUUCAUUUGCAUAUUGCGAAUCCUACGGCUUUUAUGGACCCAGGCCAUGAGAUUGCGCAGAUCGCGAGGAGGCGUGGAACGACGCUUUACCUGCCAGAAGGCACGACUCCGAUUUUGCCGCAUGCCUGGACGAGGGGACGACUUUCCUUGGGGGCGGGAGCGGGAAAGGAGGGAAUUCCGGUUUUGACGUUUAGUGCGAGGUUGGAUGAGGAAGGGCGGGUUGAGGAUUUCGAGGUGACGAGUGGGUUGGUGAGGAACGUAAAGACGUUUACGUAUGAUGACGUCGAAGACAUCUUCCUCAAGCGUGGAUGGGGUAAGCGGACGAGCCAUAGCGGCGCGAUCGGGUAUAUGAAGCACGAGUUUGGGUGGAAUCAUGAGUUGGAGGAGGGAGUGACGGAGAGGAGGUUGAGUCCCAUUACGGAGCGGGAUGUGGAUAACUUGAAGGUGAUUUGGGAUGUGACGAGGGAUUUCAAGAAGGAGCGGAUGAGGAAUGGGAUGCUUCUCGUCGAUAACUAUAACCUCGGUAUCAAGCUUCAGCAAAGACUCCCGAAGACACCACAGAAUCUGGAAGCACCAGUGUUUUACGAUAGGUUGCCGGGUAUCAGAUACGAGCUCCAACCGCAGAGUCGGAGUGUGUCGAGGGGGUUGGUCGCCGAUAUGGCGAUUUUGGGAAACAAGAUUGCGGCGAUGUUUGCCCGUCGGAACAAUAUCCCACUCAUCUACCGUUUCCAGAGUUUCAACCCUGCAAAUAUUACCACUCCCUGGGAGACGAUUUUGGGUUCGAGGACGAAUGAUGGGUAUGUGGCGAAUGAGUAUUCGGGCGCUGUUUUGGAGUGUGGCAGGGAUGGGUUUGGGUUUGGGACUACGCCGGGUCCGUUCGAGCUUUUGGGUCUUACGGGGGUGGAUGAUGGGUAUACCCGUGCUACGAGUCCGUUGAGACGGCAUUUGGACAUGAUCGCGCAUUGGAAUUUCGAGGCACACAUCCGUGGUGAGGAGCCUAUUUUCUCGAACAAAGACUUGGAGAAAAUCGGGUUGGAGGGUGGAAUCCGGGAACAGCAGAUUGCUGGUGUCUCGACGAGUAUUGAUCGUAGUUGGACUAUGCGUGUACUCAAGCGCAUUUUGGAAAGAGAUGGAAGUUUGGAAAUGAAGUCGAUGGUGAUGGGACAACAGCGGAGUAUGAGGAGUGCGAAAGCUAUGAAUGUGAAGUAUGGGGUUCAGUGUCUGUUGCAGUUUGAUGGGAUUACCAGGUUUGAGGACUUGCAGGCGGUAAAGCCUGGGAAGGUGUUUGAGGGGACGCAGCUGAUGAGGUUGUACCCGGCGACGAGGCAUUUUGGGGUGAGAGCGAAUCUUGCUGAUUUGACUCAGGAGAAGUUUGUGAAGUAGGGUUACUCCACUCGAGACAUAUUCCAAAGAGAACACGACUAUGUAGAGCAAACACAUGCUGCCAAUGAUUGUUUAUGUGGUAUAUUGUAGUGUGACCGAUGAAUGUCAGAAAGAAUAACGCCAAGUGAGACCAAAAACUCGUCAAAAUCCACCUCUGCCU